AUGCCGGAGCCCGGGCCGGACGCCCCUGGCACGGCUAGCGCGCAGCCCCCGCCGCCGCCGCCACCACCUCCCGCGCCCAAGGAGUCCCCGUUCUCCAUCAAGAACCUGCUCAACGGAGACCACCACCGGCCACCCCCUAAGCCGCAGCCGCCCCCACGGACGCUCUUCGCGCCGGCCUCCGCCGCCGCCGCCGCGGCCGCCGCCGCCGCCGCUGCGGCCAAGGGGGCCCUGGAGGGCGCCGCGGGCUUCGCGCUCUCGCAGGUGGGCGACCUGGCUUUCCCCCGCUUUGAGAUCCCGGCGCAGAGGUUUGCCCUGCCCGCGCACUACCUGGAGCGCUCCCCGGCCUGGUGGUACCCCUACACCCUGACCCCCGCCGGCGGCCACCUCUCGAGACCUGAAGCUUCGGAGAAGGCCCUCCUGCGAGACUCCUCCCCCGCCUCGGGAACCGAUCGCGACUCCCCGGAGCCACUGCUCAAGGCCGACCCCGACCACAAGGAGCUAGACUCCAAGAGCCCGGACGAGAUCAUUUUGGAGGAGAGCGACUCGGAGGAAGGCAAGAAGGAAGGCGAGGCCGCUCCGGGAGCGGCCGGGGCGAGCGUGGGGGCGGCGGCAGCGACGCCGGGCGCGGAGGACUGGAAGAAGGGCGCCGACAGCCCCGAGAAGAAGCCCGCGUGCCGCAAAAAGAAGACGCGCACGGUCUUCUCGCGCAGCCAGGUCUUCCAGCUCGAGUCCACCUUCGACAUGAAGCGCUACCUGAGCAGCUCGGAGCGCGCCGGCCUGGCCGCGUCGCUGCACCUCACCGAGACGCAGGUCAAGAUCUGGUUCCAGAACCGCCGCAACAAGUGGAAGCGGCAGCUGGCGGCCGAGCUGGAGGCGGCCAACCUGAGCCACGCGGCGGCGCAGCGCAUCGUGCGGGUGCCCAUCCUCUACCACGAGAACUCGGCGGCCGACGGCGCGGCGGCCGCGGCCGCGGGGGCCCCGGUGCCCGUCAGCCAGCCGCUGCUCACCUUCCCGCACCCCGUAUACUACUCGCACCCGGUGGUCUCGUCCGUGCCGCUGCUAAGGCCAGUCUGA